GCAGCUAUUGAAUCUCUGGAACUUCAAGAAGAAACAAAAGAAGAAUCUGAUGAAGAGGAGGAUGAUGACGAAGGGUCUGGACGAUUACGUUUCAAAACUGAACGGAAAGAAGGAACAAUAAUUAGGCUCUCAGAUGUGACAAGAGAAAGGAGAAACAUUCCAGAAACUUUGGAACUUUCUGCAGAAGCCAAAGCAGCAUUACUUGAAUUUGAGGAGAGGGAAAGGCAGCUUAAACAGGGACGGUAUGGCUCAAGGAGAGGAGGGCGAAGAGGAGGCUCGGUUAUGUGCCACGGAAUGGGAGAACAAAGGAGAGACAAUAAUGAUAGGGGCAGAAUGAAGGAUCACAGGCCUGCACUGCUGCCAAACCAGCCAUCGACAAUGACUCAUUCACAGAGGUUAAUUCCAACACACCAGCAACCUGUUAGGAGUCUGUUCCAGCAGCACCAACAGCAACAGCAACAACAACAGCAGCAGCAGCAACAGCAGCAGCAACAGCAGCAGCAGCAGCAACAGUUACAAUCUCUGCUUCCUUUACAGCAUCAGCAUCAUUCUUCUCCUCCUCCAGGGCUACAUAUGCCCCCUCAGAUAGAAACGCCUAGAAUAAUGAUGACUCCACCUCCAGUGACACCUCAGCAACCGAAGAACAUACAUAUAAAUCCGCAUUUCAAGGGGACAGUAGUGACGCCUGUACAAGUGCCCUUGCUGCCAGUUCCAGCCCAGCCAAGACCUGCUGUAGGACCCCAGAGAUUUCCU